AUGCUGAUGUCCUCUCUGAGCCUCAGUUUCCUCCAGUUGCUGAGGUUCCCCAUGCGCAGCUGUCCCCGCUACCAUGAACUGCUGCAGGAGACCACAGAGGCCGAAGAGUACCAGGAGGCCCUGGAGGGCUGGACGGACUUCCUGACUCGCCUGGAGAACUUCACUGGGCUGUUGCUGGUUGGAGAGCCGCUCCGCAGGGCAUGGAAGGUUCUGGACACACUGAUUUGCCAGCAAGCCCACGGCCUUCCCCUCCCAUCCUGGGCCUCCUCAGAUGUCCUGCAGACACUUGCCCAGAUCUCUGCUUUGGAUAUUGGGGCCCACGUGGGCCCACCUCGGGCAGCAGAGAAAGCCCAGCUGACAGGGGGGAUCCUCCUGGAUGCUAUCCUCUCCAACUUCUCCCGGGUCCAGCGCCUGGGGCUUCCUCUCAAGAUGGUCAUGUACUCAGCUCAUGACAGCACCCUGCUGGCCCUGCAGGGGGCCCUGGGCCUCUAUGAUGGGCACGCCCCACCAUAUGCUGCCUGCCUUGGCUUUGAGUUCCGGAGGCGCCUCGGAGAUCUGGAUGAAGAUGGAGGGAAUGUCACCAUCUCCCUCUUCUAUCGCAAUGACUCAGCCCAUCAGCCAUUGUCUCUCAGCCUACCUGGAUGCCCAGCCCCCUGCCCACUUGGUCAUUUCCACCAGUUAACAGCCCCAGUCCGGCCUCCAGUUCACGGGGUCCCCUGCCAUGGCCUCUAUGAGGCUGCCACCCCAUCAGCCCCUGUGGUGCCCCUGCUGGCCGGAGCUGUGGCUGUGCUGGCAGCUCUCUGCAUGGGACUGGGCCUGCUGGCAUGGAGACCAAGCUGCCUGCGGGCCUUGGGGGGUCCUGUGUGA